AUGAGCAGCGAUCCCGUCAUGCAGGUCGAGGACAAGAUUGUCCCCGGCCCUUCUGCCACCAGCGAGAAGCCGGUCGCAGAAGAGAGAAUCAUUCUCCAAGAAGCCACUGUCAUUAGAACAACAGAAGACGAGCUCCAUGCAGCCUCAAAUGGUAGCGCGAGCGUCGCUACUUCACCUACUACUGGCGCUGCCCCGCGACCACGACUUAAGAAGGACAACAGCACGCCCAACAUGAACGGACCCCUUUACAUGCAGACCGCCGGUAACAAGACGGUGCUUGUCCGCCGACUUAAGCGCAAGGAGGAGAGCACCUGGAAGCAUCUCUCGCGCUGGUUUGUUGAGAACCAAAUCGGUCUUUCUUUCAACCUCCUCGCUCUCAUCUUCCUCGCCCAGACUUUCAUCCCCAAAGCGCGCGACUACACCCAAAAGUUCUUCCACCUCAGCUACCACAACUCUCAAUCCGGCCAGUACCGUAUCGGCUUCGACGAUGCCUACUUUAUUACCUUUUGCAUCAUCCUUUUCACAGGCCUCCGUGCCGCCACCAUGGAAUACGUCCUUGCGCCCAUCGGUAGAUGGCAAGGCAUCGACAACCGCAAGAACUUGACUCGCUUCAGCGAGCAGGCUUGGCUCAUGGUCUACUAUACCGUUUUCUGGCCUUGGGGAAUGUACAUUUACUGCACCUCUCCUCACUACAUGAACAUGGAGAACCUGUGGACCGACUGGCCCAACCGCGAGCUCGAUGGAAUCAUGAAGGCCUACCUCCUGUGCCAGUGGGCUUUCUGGCUCCAGCAGAUGAUUGUCAUUAACAUUGAAGAGCGCCGCAAGGAUCAUUGGCAGAUGUUCACUCACCACAUCGUCACCACCGCUCUUAUCUUUGCUUGCUACGCCUACCACCAUUCUCGCGUUGGAAACUUCAUCCUCGUUAUCAUGGAUGUUGUUGACCUCUUCCUUCCUCUUGCCAAGUGUUUGAAGUAUUGCGGUUACUCCAAGAUUUGCGACGUCAUGUUCGGUCUGUUUGUUCUUUCUUGGUUCUUUGCCCGCCACGUCUUGUACAUCGCGGUCUGCUGGUCCAUUUACGCCGACACUCCCCGAGUCAUGCCUACAGGCUGCUUCAAGGGAAACAACGACAACAUGGUUGGCCCUCUCGACCCUCCAGCUGGCUGGAGCUAUCUCGUUGAACCAUUCAUCAACCCCGAGGGUCUUGUAUGCUACAACGAGACUGUCAAGUGGAGCUUCCUCGCUCCUCUUCUCUUCCUCCAGGCUAUCACUAUCGGCUGGUUCACUAUGAUUGUCCGCGUCAUCAUCAAGGUGCUCAAGGGAGGCGACGCUGAGGAUGUCCGAAGCGACGACGAAGGUGGCGAGGAGGAAGAAGAGGAAGAGGAAUUCAUCUACGAAGAGGCUCAACCCUUGGAAGAGGAAGUUGGUGUCGAGGCCCUCGACCUCCGUAACUGGGAGCGCCGAUCAGGUGUCAAGAAGCAAGCCAGCAGUUCUGGAGUCAGCCUACCCGGCCACAGCGAUCGCAAGGAGUUGCUGGGCCGUAUUGGCUGCGAGAAGCAGGUCGACUAA